AUGGCUCCCCGUGAGGAGCUGAUCACGUCUGCCGUGACCUUUCUCCAAGAUCCAUCGGUCGCUUCUUCACCCAUUGAGAAGAGAGUCGCAUUCCUACAAUCGAAGAACCUCACCCAAGAAGAGGUCGACCUCGCCUUAUCGCGAGUGGGUGAGGACCCAGCCGCCGCUGCUGCUGCCGCAAGCGCAGCAUCAUCACCAACCCCCUCUUCACAACAGCUCGCCUACCGGCCACCACCACAGGUGCCCCAAGGAUAUGGCUAUCCCCCGUACAACCAAUGGCAACCGCCUCCAGAGCUGCCGAAGCGUGACUGGCGCGACUGGUUUAUUAUGGCGACAGUGGUGGGUGGUGUAGGAUAUGGACUCUAUUCCGUGACUAAGCGCUAUAUCUCCCCAUUGAUUGCGCCGCCUACUCCUCCUCAGUUGGAGCAAGAUAAGGAGAAGAUUGACGAGCAAUUUUCUCGGGCAUUCGAUCUGAUUGAACAACUUUCGACCGAUACUGCAGCCUUGAAGGCUGCCGAAGACGCUCGUACUGAGCGCCUGGAUACCGCACUCAAGGAUGUGGAAAGUCUUGUUGCAGAUUUGAAGACAUCUUCACGGCGGAGGGAUGAUGAGACUCGCCGGAUCAGUGAUGAAGUCAAGUCGCUAAAGGAUGCCAUUCCGAAAGCCCUCGAAGGUGCCCGGGAGGGUAACGAAAAUCGAUUGAAAGAACUUGGAACCGAGUUGAAGAGCCUAAAGGUUCUUUUGGGUAACCGUCUGGGUGGCAGUGGCGCCGCUCCUGCGGCUGGCAGAACUCUGGGUUCUACUCCCAUUCCUACCCCCGUUCCCACCCCGACUCCUGUGCCGUCUACUGCGUCCCCGUCAACCCCAGCUGAUACGACUGCUGCUUCCCCUACUCCGACGACAAAUGGUCUGCAGGCAACUGUGACCUCACCGGAGCAGGAAACUCAGUCUUCGGCCAACACUCCUGCCGCGCCCAGCCCCCUUUCGCAACUCAAUCGGUCGGCUUCUAUCCCAGCCUGGCAAAUGGCUGCCGCCAACCGAACCAAGACCUCCUCGCCAUCGACCCCAGCCGCGUCUACUGACAAGCCGGCCGGUGAUGAGCAAAGUGCUCCACCCAGCUAG